AUCAUGUUUGUGCCAAAGAAGAAGUUCAACCACCAAAAGGGGCGCUACGCGGAGAAGGUGUCAACCUCCAACCGUGUGGGUUUAGAAGAAGAUUUUCCAGAGUUUGAUGCUUUUACUGACGCUCCCACGGCCAGAGCACCCACACCUGCAGACGCAACUCUGUCGGUGCAGAAGGUCGACAUGUGUCAGCAGAUAAAUAAACCGCAACACCGCACGGGCGCCUACACCACCCCGAACCUGGUGGUCCGCCGCUGUCAGGAGUUCCGGGUGAAAGUCACCUUCAACCGCCCGCUGGUGCAGAGCGACGACUUCCAGCUCGAGUUCCUGAUUGGUGAUUACCCUUCUCCCAGUAGGGGCUCCAUGGUGGUGGUAACCUUUAAUUCCCGUGUUGGAGGCCCGUGGACGGGUCGGAUUGUGGAUAGUCAGGGUGUAACCGUGACUCUGGGCAUCACACCGACGGCCGGCGCCAUCGUUGGGAGGUUUCGUACGUACGUGGCCAUCGUGAUGGGAACCGGCAUGCAGCGAACCCCGAGGAACGCCACCACCGACCUGUACGUGCUGUUCAACGCCUGGUGUAGAGAUGAUGACGUGUUUCUUCCUAAUGAAAGAGAGCGGAACGAGUAUGUCCUUAACGACCAUGGUGUGAUGUAUCAGGGUUCAUCUGAGUAUGUGAACUUUAAGGACUGGGUUUAUGGACAGUUUGAGCGUGGCAUUUUAGACGCCUGUAUUUACAUCCUGGAUGCGGCUAAGAUGCCGAUCGGCGACCGAGGCGACAUCAUCAAAAUGGUCAGGGUGGGAGCCGCAAUGAUAAACUCUCAGGACGAUAACGGCGUGUGUGUUGGGAACUGGAGCAACGACUACUCGAUGGGCAGGUCCCCGACAUCUUGGACGGGCAGCGUCCAGAUCCUUCUGCAGUACGCUCAAAGCGGAGUCCCGGUCAGCUUCGCCCAGUGCUGGGUGUUUGCUGGAGUCUUCAACACCUUCCUACGCGCCCUCGGCAUACCGGCAAGAACCAUCACCAACUUCAAUUCAGCUCACGACAGCAACGGCAACCUGAAGACCGACCUCAUCUUCCUGCCUGAUGGCUCGCCGGACACAGUCAACACCCGGGACUCCAUCUGGAACUACCACUGCUGGAACGAGGUGUUCAUGAGGCGCUACGACCUGCCGUCCGGCUUUGGGGGAUGGCAGGCAGUGGACUCCACGCCCCAGGAGACCAGUGAUGGAUAUUAUCGCUGCGGUCCAGCUUCAAUUGUCGGCAUCAAGGAAGGUUGGAUCUAUCACUCGUAUGACGCAAGGUUCGUCUUCUCUGAGGUGAACAGUGACAUUAUCUUCUCCAAGCGAGAUCGCUACGGAACGCUGACUCCGUACAGGGUGGAAAGGGAUUACAUCGGAAAGGCUAUUUACACCAAAUCUUUGGGCAGCAACUCACCGGUUAACAUCACACAGAAGUACAAGUACCCUAUAGGUAGUGCAGAGGACAACAGGACUAUGGCCCGGGCGGAUGAAUACGGCUUACAGAGGGAUCAAUCUGAGCUGCCUGAGAACACACUGUCUGUCAUUAUUACCGCCAGUCAGGUCAACCUGGGUCAGGACGUCAUCGUACAGGUGGAUUUCAACAACCAGAGUAAUAUCCCCACAACCAUCAAAGCCAAUCUGACCGGAUCUGUCAUCUUCUAUACCGGAAUCAGAGCCAAUCACUUGAAAAAUCACAACUUCACCAUCACCGUGCCAGCCAAUCAGAGGAAGAGUGAGAUAGUGAAGAUCCCAGCUGAUGAGUACAUACACUUGUUGGUUACUCAGCGUUGCCUUCACUUUGUUGUGAGCGGACAGGCGGAGGACGAAGCAGUGACUGCCAUUAAGGUGCUCAUGCUGCAGAUCCCGACGCUCACCCUGACGCUGAGCGGAUUGCCAAAGGUGAAGCAGGAGAUGUUUGCCAAAGUUACCUUCACCAACCCCUUCAACUUCGCCCUGAAGGCCUGUAGCCUGUCCAUGGAAGGAGCUGGAGUCAUGCACGAGAAGACACAUUUCUACAGAGUCAUUGAGCCUCAGGCUUCCAUCUCCUGGAAGGAGUCGUUCAACCCUCAGCGGGCCGGAAAGCGCUGCCUUGUGGCGGUGAUGGACUGCAGCAACCUCUGUGAGUUGAGGGGAGUCGCUAGUGUCGACAUCACGCCCUGAGAUGAUUGAUCCACAGAGCUGUGUGACCCCGCCCUGCUCCAGUUCUACUACGUCUCCACCAAUCACAGCCGCUCCAGACUGAGUGGGCGGAGCCGACAAACCACGCAAUCAAUGUCUUUGAUGAUUUUUAUUUAACUUCAAUUUACACAAAUCAUUGGAAAUUCCAAGCUUUGACAUUUUUGCUCCACAGACGGAGGCAGGAUGUGACAUUUUAAAAUGACUUUAGUUUAGUGAGGAAGCUUGAGGGUUAAAGGUCAAAUAGAGGAAUAAUAAUAGAUCCUUUUUUUAAACGUAAAAUAGCUUUAGUGUGAAGAUUUUAGGAAUUAUUGAUAAAAUUAGGUUUAAGAACUAAAAUAUGAUAAUUAUUGACCAAUG